CGCUGCAUCCGAUCAGAGAAAUAUAGAUCCCUGCGGCGCUCAUCACACAUCCGCACUGAUCAUCAACGCCCUGUUCCUCUGCAGGUCGUCUUUGGAACUUGUUCGGGUUCUGGCAGAAAUGGAUUAGCCGAGAGCGAGACCUCUUUUCCUUCCACAGUCUUUUCAUCUCUUUAUUUAUUUCUGCCCCUCACUACCUCACAAUGGCAUCAUGCUCUCCAGCUGUGCGUUUUUGCCAGAAGCUGAACAGGCUGAAGACGUUAGAGGAGGACGUGAUGGCCACCUCUCUGAGGCGCUGCCUCUCCACACUGGACCUGGCGCUGCUCGGUGUGGGUGCCAUGGUCGGCUCGGGUCUCUAUGUCCUCACUGGAGCCGUUGCUAAGGACUUGGCGGGACCAGCCGUUGUGCUUUCGUUCCUGGUGGCGGGUGUGGCCUCACUCAUGGCAGCUCUGUGCUAUGCUGAAUUUGGUGCCCGUGUCCCCAAGACAGGCUCCGCCUACAUGUUCACAUAUGUCUCCGUUGGUGAGAUCUGGGCCUUUUUGAUUGGCUGGAAUGUCAUUUUGGAGUAUAUGAUUGGUGGCGCGGCGGUGGCUCGUGCUUGGAGCGGCUACCUGGACUCCAUCUUUGACCACCGCAUCCGGAAUUUCACAGAAAGUCAUGUAAUGCGCUGGGAUGCACCUUUCCUCGCCAGAUAUCCAGACUUCCUCGCAGCAGGAAUACUACUGAUUGCGUCUUUCUUCAUUUCAUUUGGUGUGCGCGUCUCAUCCUGGCUAAAUCACAUCUUCUCUACAGUCAGCAUGAUAGUCAUAGCCUUCAUCCUGGUCUUUGGUUUCGCACUGGCCGAUCCGGCCAAUUGGAGCGCUCGCAAAGGUGGUUUUGCCCCCUAUGGCUUCUCGGGCAUCAUGGCAGGAACGGCCACCUGCUUUUACGCGUUCGUAGGCUUUGACGUAAUUGCUGCGUCCAGCGAAGAGGCACGUGACCCUCGGAGGGCUGUACCCAUUGCAACGGCGAUCUCACUAGCCCUGGCAGCCACAGCCUACAUCCUGGUCUCAAUGGUCCUGACACUGAUGGUCCCAUGGGACACACUCGACCCAAACUCCGCACUCUCUGAUGCCUUCUUCAGGCGCGGGUACAGCUGGGCCGGCCUUAUUGUGGCUGUGGGAUCCAUCUGUGCCAUGAACACGGUGCUGCUCAGCAACCUCUUCUCUCUGCCUCGCAUCGUGUACGCCAUGGCUGAGGAUGGCCUCUUCUUCUCUGUCUUCUCCCGUGUUAAUCCUGUCACCAAAGUGCCCGUCAUUGCAAUCUUGGUCUUUGGCAGCCUCAUGUCUUUCCUAGCGCUCAUCUUUGACCUGGAAGCUCUCGUCCAGUUCCUCUCCAUUGGCACGCUGUUAGCGUACACCUUCGUAGCAGCGAGUGUUAUCGUUUUGCGUUUCCAGCCUGAAAAAAAUGGCGGUGCUAAGAAAGAUGCACCAGUUCCCUCGCCAGGUCAACAGAGCAUCUCUGGCUCUGAGCUCAAGGAGGACAGCGGCGAGCUGAAGGAGUACGAGUCGUUUUCAGAUAAACUGCGCUUGGUGGAGAGGCAGAAGUUCCCAGGUGCACUUCGUUCCCGUUGGGAACCGUACCUGGGUACUGUAUUGGGAGACUGGGCGCCUGGUGAGGUGGUUGCGUUCAGUGUGUUGGCGCUGAUGGUGAGCGCCGUGUCACUCUGCGCAGUGGUUGUUUUUGGAAAAAGCUACCUGGAACUGCCUACGUGGAGCUUUGUCCUGCUGCUCAUCAUCUUCAGCCUGGCGUUCAUCCUCAGCCUCGUCGUCAUCUCCGUCCAUGAGCAGCAGAGGAACAUCAAGAGCUUCCAGGUCCCCCUGGUGCCGUUUGUACCUGGUGCCAGCAUCCUGCUGAAUGUGUUUCUCAUGAUGAAGCUCAGUCCACUCACCUGGCUCCGAUUCGCCAUCUGGGUAGCUGCAGGGCUGUUGGUGUAUUUUGGUUAUGGUAUCUGGCACAGUAAAGAAGGCUUGAAGGAGCCGCAGUGUGUUUCCGCCCGCUACGUGGUUCUGCCCAGUGGGAGUCUGGUGGAAACCGUCCAGAACGUCCAGCCUGAGGGACACACACACGCUCACACACCCGCCACAAACACGCCCACGCCGGCAAUCGAUGACCCGCAGACAAGCAGAUGAUCUGUGUCUGUGUGUGAACACGUGUUAAGCACGCUAAUUGUGUAGUGAGUGUGUAUUUUUAUGCUUCUCCUUUACUGCCACAGGCUUUUCUGCCUUUCUGAGGAUCAUGACUAGGUUCUAGAUUUGGGAUUAUUGAUUAUUUUGAGGAAACACUAAGAGACCGUAUUGGACGUAUGUGUGGAGUGAGUGUUCUCUUUGUGUAGUUGUGACUCGUUUGCUUUUUUGAAUCACUUCCUGUGAUGAUUUAGUACUGAGGUUAGCCAAAUAUACAGCAGGAUACAAAAAUCUGGAUCAUUACCAAGAACAGUUUCUAUAUCAGCAGUUAUAAAACUCUAAUCCGUCGCCACAUGCAGUAUAUUACAUUGAUUCUGUCACUGUGGCAAGAAAACAACAAGCAAGCUAACAUGAUUUCUUCAAGUAUGACAUUUCUUUGUCAUUCCUCGAUUAAAUUUUCACUCUCAUCUCACCAACGGGCCUCAUUUACAAAAAAUGUGACAUUUGUGAAAAUCAAGUUAGGUGUUUUGCUCCUGACGUUCUGUAAAUUUACGUAUUAGUGAAGAGACUCACUAAUGUGAACCACGACUGAUCGGCUUCAAAACAUAUAAUUCUGAUGAGUUACUGCCAUUUUAUAUGCAGGCUAUGCUGUAAAAGUAAUGGUGCCCUAUAAAAGGAGGAAGAGUUUGCGUAUGUCUGUGGUAGCUGAUGCGCUGCACUGGCUGAGCUGCAUUACUGGAAGAUUUAGCGCACACUGCCCUUAGGAGGCUCUUUCACUCUUUAGUCAUCAUUUUUGGCUUUUGCUUAUUAUGGAGUUUUGUGGGCGUGGCUAAAUGUAAAUCAGCUAUGCCAUGAAUGCGCUUGGUAAUUUGUGGCUGAUUGGUGUAUUAAAAUACACAGAUUUGUGCAAAGAAAAUCUUUAAAUUAUUGAAAAUAUUGAAGCUGCACCUCUUCAUUAUUCAGGCAAAUGAGGACUUUGUACCAAGGUGUAAUAGAGUUAAUGUCUGAUGCUAAACUUGUUGAAUUUGUCAAUAUUUACAUCAAUUAAUCUGUUUAGUUUCAUUUUGUUUAACAUGACUUGGAGGGAAUUUUUAAGUGGGAAGAUUGAGAGGUACACAUUGAUGAAAGACUACUUUUAGAUAUCCCACUGUCCUACUGGAAGAAAUCAUCUUUAAAACAUUGGAUCCAAAAUCACAUGACACCAGAAAAGACCUUAAUUGGCUGAUUUCUUUGUUAUGAAGAAGGUACUAAGGGGAAUGUGCUGUUAAGCACCUGGCAGCUGAUGAAAUGAACAGUUCAUGGUAAAGGAAUUUUUGAUUCACAUCAUUGUGCUUUGUGGCUUUUCCGAUCUGCCGUGUUAUUAGCUGGAUUGUUAGCUGUGAUAUGGUAGAGAAGGUGUAGCUAGCAAUUUAGAAGUUUGGGUUAAACUCCUGCAUGUGAUUAUGACUUGAAGAGACGUUCAUGUGCAAUAUCUAGAAUUUCAAGCACACAUGAAUGCAGCAUCAGUUCAAUUCUAAUGCUCUCAGAGGUGUUACUUUAGAGGUGUUAAUGAAGUUUUGGAGUGUGUUUGGUGUGUGCAGACCUGUCGAAUGUGUGUAUUGCUUUAUGAUAGGACCUUAGAGAUGAUUAGCACUUUUUUUGACACUGUGUUUGGUUUAUUGCUGAAAGACUGGAGGUUUGUUGAGCUUACAUAAGCAAGGACAAUCACUGAUGCUGACACAUACACACACAGAUGUUUUCGUUAUGCUAGAAUCGAAAGUCUUCACACACACCACCCCACAAACUCAGACCUCACAGAUAUGUUAAUAUAUUUGAACCAUGAUUAUGAUGUAUUUAUUUCUGUUUCUCUUUAAUAUUAAUAUGUAUUUAUUUCAAAUUCUCCGUUAAGUCCAAUCUCAUUUCUGAGUUUUAUGUAACAGUGGAAUGUCCAUUCCUUUUAAAGGCAGCUUAAAUGUCAGGACCAAAGGUUAAUAUGCAGCAGUGUUGCACUGGGCUGCACUCAUUUAUACAGCUGUGCGCACAAACACUCACACUCGCACAUACUGGCUGUCAAACUUCUCAAAUUUUAAAAUACUCAGUAUUUAUUUGAAUAGUAAUGAGGUUACGAAGUUAUCCUGCCACAGUUAACUUAAAUAUACAAAGUUAACUUGGUAGCUAAAAUAUACAAAAAAAUCAUGAGAAGGGAAGAUAGUAGCUUUCUCAUUAUCUUUAAUAUUUCAGAUUUUUACUUAUAAACCCAUCAAAAAAAACCAAGUGUUACGGCUAAGUCCAAUCAAAAAUGGCUUCCUAUUAACUCUAUAUGCUGUCUGCGUAUGUUUUAAUAUAAUGGGGUUGUAGACCCUACAUCAUGCACUAUAUGCCUAAUAGGACAAUAUUUGGGUUUGAAUAAAGUGAUAUCAAUAGGGGCCAGUUGGAAAAUGUUACUUUAAUACAAAUUGUUUGGUCAUUUUAUUAUAUUUAUUUACAAAGUUAAUAUAUAAUUUAUAAAUGUAUGAUUUGAUAGACUUGUGGUAGGCAAGUAAAAGUAGAGCAUAAGAUCUAAAACUCUUCAAUGCAUCUCCUUUGAAUGUAUAAAAAUUAUUAGUAUUUGAAAGGUGAAGUUCACUCUAAUAGCCCUAACACACACACACACCUUUACAAUGACGAUCCUUAUAUACGUCAUUAGUUAAACACAAAUGGCCUGAGCUCCUGUUUUUCUUGCGCACACACACACACACACACACACACACACACACACACACAUACUCGCAUGAUGCCUGCCAGUUCCCAAAGAUGAAUUAAACACAAAUGCUUCAUUAGACAUAUCAUGUGAUAAGCACAGAUUUUGCAUGACCUUUUUUUUCUCUUUGUCCCUCACACACAUACUAUGUGUGUGUGUGUGUGUGUGUGUGUGUGUGUGUGUGAGUGAGAGAGAGUGACAGAGCAGGACAAGGCCUUAAGGUCUCAUUUUUUCAGGCAUUCAGUCAUGUGGAAUAAAAUGUAAUUAAGAAAAGGAGUUGAAAUCGGAUUAACUCUGUCUGGCCGCUAGGAAUGUUUCAGUCACAUGACCAACACACUCACAUGACACAUACAUACACACACACAGUAACUGAAAGAUAUUGAUACAUAUCCUUUCCAAUGUAAUGAUGUUUUGCCCCAGACACCAAUCUUAGGAAGCUAAAAGUUUUGAUAAUUAUUGGAUAACACCUAAAAAUGUGGAAGGCUGUCAAGAUGUAUGGAUUAAAGUCUCUGAAACUGUAUCUAUUAUUUAGUCAUUUUUUAGUAAUCUCCUUCAGCCAAAUCUCAUCUAAAAACUGGUACGUGUUUAAAAAUAAUACACAUUGUUAAACAUCAUUAAAAUCAAGUGUGUGUCAAGCAAUCACACUUUACAGAUAACUAUGUAUAGCUGUGAUGUCAUCACAACAGAACCAUGCUUUUGUACGUGCAUAUCAGCGAUUGCUGUGAAGAAAGAUUUGGGUCCACAAAAUGUGAAAAAUAUUUUUAUAGAACCACCAAUUGUUACUUAUUGGCUUGUCUAAUUAUGGAGAUGAAGUUCUAGAAAUAUUUAAGAAAAGCACAUCAUUUCCACACAGACCAUCCUGUGUGAUUGUUUAUCACUAUAAUACUGUCACUUUUUACUACAACAGCCUCUGCUGAACACAUUUACAUGUUUCCCAUGUUGCACUGCUGCAUAUAAAUACAUAGUACAAUAGUACACUAAAGUCUGAGUCCACAACUAAGAACUUAUUAUUAAUUAUUAAACAGUAGUACAGUGCUUUAUGUUAAUUAUCAAAGAAUGCUGUUAUCAUUUUCACAUUGUGAAGGUUACACACUCAGAUGCUCGACCCCUUAUGGUAUGAGAUUUGGAUGUAUCAGUUGAGUCAGUCCACUGUACAACAGCACACUGCGCUAGUUUAAUGUCAUGAAAAUGAGCAUGUGUUAAUUUCUGUUUCGUUUGAACUGCUACUGUAUAUCCUCUUAUCUCCUCUUAUCUACUUUAUAUCCUCUUAUCUGUUGAUUAAAUGAUGGCACGAAUCAUUAUGUGAUAAGAUUAGAAAGAUAGAGUUUAUAUCUCUCUUGACACUCCUGCGUUAGAAAGGCACAAACAUUUGCUGGCCUGCAUGUUUUUAUUUUAUACCAUUACAAUGCUGUCAUGUUGAAGAAAUUGUUCAGCAAGAAAUUUCAUUUACACAAUUUUCCACUUUGCACAAAUUUUAGUCGAUGUGCCAAGACAUGUUUGGUGUCCCAAGUUUGCUUCUUUAGCUUUGUACUGAAGAUAGAAGUGUGAAGUAGCAAAAAAAUAAUGGAAGUCUAUCUCAGCCAAACUUUUUUCCAUAUAUACACGUCCAAAUGUUCAUAUACUUGCUUCAAAUGACAUUGUUAAGAUACAUAAUCUCAUUCUAAAAGGUAGAGCUGUAAUUUUUUAAUUUGUUCUUAGACCUGUAAUAAUCACAUUUUAAAUAUGGCUUAGAAUUUAAAAAAAUAUUACAAUUGUACAAUGAAUGUUGCACAUUUUUUUGGCUUCUUUUUAAAUUAUUCUGGCCCGGAAGUGAGCUCCACCCCCAUCCAGUUCAGUCCUGCCUCUUUUUGUUAACCCAAGAGCCACACUUGUCAGAAUUUUCAUUGAAAUUGCAGUUCACCUCCAUGACUGCAGAGGGCUCCAAACAUUACAAACCACCCCUUUAAAUAAGUAAAAAUAAAUAACGCUGUUGCUAGCUGCUAGUCACUUUCAACUGACAAUUAUAAUUCGGUCUUCAAAUGGCAAACUCUGGGAGGCGGGGUCUUUGUGGGCGGGGCCUGGUUGAUUCUGGUUGUACAAAAUGGCCACCACUUGUAUUACAGAUUAAAACAAAUCACAGUGUCCUAAAACCAUCAGCAUGUGUGAAGAAUUUUAGCAAUAUUGCUUAAAGUAUGUAAAGGUACAGUGCAGUGUAUUGAUAUGAUUUUGGGUGAGAUAGUCUUCAAUAACUUGUUUAACUCUUAGCUACGGUGUAACUAAAUAAACUAAAGGUUAUACACUAAACAUGUCAUGGCUGACAGACUAUAUUUGGGAUAAGUGGAACAUCGGUACAUUUCUUUUUUUUUGUCGAACCAUCCCUGAUGGUAACAGAUGUUAUAAUGGAGGUUAUAGAGGAGUUUUUAAUUUACAUUUUCUGUCUGUAUUUAGUUUGUUUAUCUGCUGUAAAGGACAUCACGUCUGCUGCUAAUCAUUCCCAGUCUACACUGAAAUCCUCUCCGCAUGGUAAAAGCUGCAGCUCUGAACAUGCGGUGUCGAUUUCUGAAUUUCGCAGAUUUUAAGAGCCAGACGUAGACGUGAAGUCCAUCGCUGAUGUAAAUACCUGUAUCUGUGUAUGUAAAUAUGCCACAAUAAUAUAACCGAUGGCCUUAAAAAUGCUAUUUAUACUCAGACCAUUCCCAAAGCCGUAAAGAUGUAUGAAAACAUUUUUAAAGUCUGUUCUGCUAUUAGAUUUGUAUCAUAACAUACCUUUAAACUGUUAUCACAGUGGAUUAAUUACAGUGUAUAUGUGAUCGAAAUAUAAUCUACAGUAUGUCCAAGGAGGGAUGUUCUUAAAAGUUUUGUAAGAACCAAAUAACCCUUUUCUGUUAGCUGUUAUACAGACUUUGCACAGUCGAAAGAUCCUCGGUUUAUUUCUUUUUGUCUUCCUCUUUUCUCCAUUUUCUUUUCUUUUAAAUUUCCCAACUGGCUCUGACUGCAGAUCACAGAAAGCAGAAUGAACCUGCUAACGUUUUCAUGUUCACUAGCUAGCUAGCUAUGUGAAGCUAACCUGACAGGAUUUCUGAGAAGAUUUUAGAUAUAUUUAAGACUUAUUUAUGAUAAAGCAUGUUCAUAUGCUUUACUGGAAAUGUUAGCAAACUAGCCAACACAUGCUAACCUGACAGGAUUUCUCAGAGAAUUUAAGACUUAUUCAUAAAUACUUUUACUGUUUUUUCAGCUUUUACCAAUUUUGCUUGCAUUUCAUCAAUUGAAAGUCGCUUUGGAAAAAAGCGUCUGCUAAAUGAAUAAAUGUAAAUGUAAAUACUCAUAUUCUUGACUGACACAAAUCCUGUCAGGUUAGGUAAUAUUAGAUAGGUAGCAUUAGCAGGGAACAUAAUUAAUCAAUUUCAUUUUAAAAUCUGAAAUGCCACUAUAUCAGUCAAAAUCAGUCAGGUUAGCUCACAUUAUCUAGCUAGUGUUAGCAGUGAAGACUUAUCAAUUUGAUUUAAUAAUCCUCUCACAAAUACUAUCAGGUUAGAUUCUGUUAGCUAGCUAGCAUUAGCAAGAAAAAUCAUUAACUUUUGUGAAUUUGAGUUUCUGCAAAUUUUCUGCAAGGUUAGCUCAUAUUAACUAGCUAGCGUUAGCAGUUUGCAUUAGCCGUGACAAAAAUCUGACAGGAUUUCUGAGAGGAUUUUUACUCCAAAUUUAUAAACAUUCAAUAUCUUCACUGUUCACACUAGCUAGCUAAUAUGAGCUAAUGUGAAAAGAUUUCUGAAAGAAUUUUUAAGUCAAAAGUUUAUCUUCACGGUUAACACUAGCUAGCUAGCACAUAGCUAACCAGCAGCAUUUCUGAGAGGAUUUUUUUAUCUCACAUUCAAUUUAAACUCUUCACUGCUAACACCGCCAGCUAGCUAACAUGAGCUUACCUGACAAGAAUUCUAAGAAACCUACUUUUUUUUAAGGACAAGUUGCUGUUUAUAAAUGUUUUAAAGACAUAUCUGAGUUUAUAUAUGGACUCAAAAACUUGCCCAUUACCCUGUGGUCUGCACACAGAUCCUCCUCAAGUCUUCUGUCUCACUUGUUUAUCUUUGCUGUUGUUUUUUUUUUCUUCAGCUCUGUUUAUGGUGUCUUUGUUGUUAGGUCAGUUUAUGAAGAACAGUGUUUUGUGAUUAAUAAAUGUUUUGAAGCAGCA